CCUCGCCCUGUUUUCAUCCUCCGGCUAUGGAAUCCCUUUAAUAAAUCCUCAUCUCUGCUCCCAAAUGCCACUCUUUCUUCGUCCCAUCCUGCACGCCAUGUCAUCGCGGAAAUGCAUGCGCCCUCUUCUCUUCUCCCUGAUCCUGUUCGCCCUGUUCGCCCUCGCGUUCUCCUUGGAUCCGCACCUGCAUUUCCAUGGGCGACGGACCUUGAAGUCACCGCAGCAGAGGUAUCUUGAUGAAAGACAACAGUAUUCAAGUCAGUUCAGGAAAUUCAAGUCGACGCUAGCUCGGUUACACCCCCCUCCGGAUUUCGACAAUCCUCACAUCCUCCUUGAUCCUCGCUUUAAGGGUAAGGAGGGAACCGACACCCCCAGAAUAUACUAUCCUUACCCGGAUUAUGAGAGCGACGAAUGGAAAAACUCCCAUCGCGGCUCCUUCGUGGCCUGCGUUGGACCGCGGGGGAAGCUUUUGAACGAGAGUUUGGAUGAUCAGGUCGGCGUCUACAUCGGUAUUCCUGAGGGCUUCCCUGAGCCCAUGUUCGGUUCGCACAAGGCUGUAGGACUGGACGGCCGCAUAUCCUUCGACCGGUACACCAGAUACGGCGCCUAUGGCUUCGGAGAGUCCGAAUCUUCCGUCGACAACUGGAUGAAACCCGAAAAGGUCGAAUGGGACCAGGUGGAUUGGGGAACAUUACAAGAGGAAUGUCUCGAACGCAAUGCCGACCGGUUUCCCGACCCCUAUAAGAAUGCCGAUCAGUCCUAUCCCUCUGGCACGUCCAACCUCCACAUCCCACCCCAAUCACGCACAGCUGUUCUUAUUCGAAGCUAUACGGGCAAGGUAUAUUCGGAAAAUGAUAAGCAAGUGAUCCGGUCGAUGAUCACGGAACUGGCACUUCAAUCCGGUGGAGAAUAUGAAGUUGUCCUGCUGGUUCACGUCAGGGAUGACAAUAUUCCGAUCGACGAUCCGGAGGUAUGCCAACAGGUCCUGAGAGAGAACGUUCCCCAGGAGUUUUGGGGCAUCACCACACUAUGGAACAUGCCAACCGCGGCUGCGCGGUAUCCCCUGGUUGAUCCGGCCCUUGUCGACGUCCAUCACUCGCAGUGGUUCUCCGUCCAACACUUUAUGCUCGAAAACCCGCAGUUUGAAUAUUUCUGGAACUGGGAGAUCGAUGCCCGCUUCACCGGCCAUCUGUACGAACUGCUCGAGAAGAUCGCCGAAUUUGGCCGAAACCAGCCCCGACGAGGCAUCUGGGAGCGCAGCGAGCGAUUCUACAUUCCACAGAUUCACGGGGAUUACAACACUUCUUUCCGAAAGUUCGCCGAAGAGCAAGCGGGCCAGCUCGUCUGGGGGCCGUUGGCGAUAGACUAUGUCCGACCGAUGCCUCUUGUGCCCAAGGGACCAACUCCGCCCGUGAAGAAAGCUCGACAGGAUGAUUAUCAGUGGGGUGUCGGCGAGGAGGCAGACUACAUUGGUUUCCUGCCCAUAUUCAACCCUAUCAACACCGACUGGGUCAUCCGAAACGAGGUCAGCGGGUACUUUGGGCCAGACACGCCACGACGAGCGACCCUGAUCACGCAUUCGCGCGUGUCGCGACGGUUGCUGCUGACGAUGGACGACGAGAACCUCUUGGGGCGACAUAUGGGCUCGGAGCUGUUCGCGCAGUCGGUGGCUAUUCUCCACGGGUUCAAGGGCGUCACCAUUCCGCACCCGAUCUAUUCGGAGCGGUCUUUGCCACCUCACCGCGUGGACCGGUGGUUCAACUCGGGUAUCAACGGGCGAUCCGGCAGUACCAAGGACAGUCCGUUCUCCUGGGGUCGGGAAGCGCGGUUCCAGGACCUGUCCUGGUACUAUCGCUCCAACCUGCCGGGGCGGCUGUACUGGAACUUCCUGGGAUGGGAGAAGGAAGGCACGGGAGGGAAAUCGUACGAACGGUGGUUCGGACGAGUGUGUCUGCCGUCGAUCAUGUUCCACCCGGUGAAGGACGUGGAGCCGCUUGCGGAUAGCACACACUACGAGCUGCCUGUGUGAUCACCAUCGUGGAUGUUUCUGACGGAGUUAUUCAAAUACCCUCAAUUCUGGUUUUUGUGGCAUGGGGCGUUUGCAGCAGUUAUUCUUUUUAUUUUCAUUUUCAUUUUUUUCCCCUUCAUCUUUUUUUAUGCCAGUGUAUAGACCAGUGGGCACUAUUUCAUUAUGCUAUGGGUCCUAAUUGUAAUAUUAUUACGGAGUCGAGACAGAACGGAGCAUGCGGCAUUUGCACGGCGUCGACGGGGGGGGGGAAAGAUAAAUCAGUCGGUAAAUACUAGACAUAAAUAAUGGCAAUGGGUAUUCAAUUGAAUCGAUUCUCCCCGCUGUAUGCGCGAGCUACUGCAGUCGACGGAUGCAGAGCAGUGUCGCGUACAGCGUAUAUAUGCAAGGGCUCAAGCAGGGGAGAUGAGCAUGGAGAUGGUGCGACGCAGGACGGGCCGUGCAGCAGCAGCAAUCUCCGCUCAAAAGUCUGCUAGAAGCCGGAUUAUUGUGGUCUGACUGCUUUGAUCUCUGAUUGAAGGCAUUAUUAUUCUCGUCCGAAUUGGGGGACACGAAGACGUUUGGAAGGUUGGUUUACGAGUUGAUGGAAGAAUACGAGGUCUCUCGGAA